AUGCAAGGCAUGGACAUGAGCUCAAGCAGCGACAGCAGCGAGUGUAAAAUCUCGAUGCUGUUCAACUGGUACACGAUAGACGCCUGUUUUCUUUCUACAGGAUGGCAGAUCAAAAAUAACGGCAUGUUCGCCGCGACCUGCAUCGGGAUUAUUCUGCUCGUCAUCCUUGUCGAGGCGCUUCGUCGACUUGGCAAAGAGUACGACACGUUUUUGACCCGCCAAUUCCAGCGCCAAGCCGCGGUGCUCGCUGCCAAGAAGGACAAUUGCGUGACCAGGGCCGAGUCGGCGGGUCUUGGUCUCAAGUUUCGAGUGACGCCUUUGCAGCAAUUUGUUCGGGCUGUUAUACACGCGUUGACUUUUGCCGGUGCUUAUAUUAUCAUGUUGUUGGCGAUGUAUUUCAAUGUUUAUGUGAUUAUUUGUAUUUUCAUUGGGGCCGGGUUGGGGAAGUUUUUGUGUGAUUGGAUGGUUGUUACGGUUGGAAUCGAGGGAAUACAGGAGGAGAUCAAGGGCGUGGAAGAGACGACUGUAUGUUGUGGUUGA